CGUGAUCUGGUCGCUCCUCGCUACAGGGAAAUUAUUUUUUUACACUACUUUGGCGAACAAUUGCGGGGGCGAUAAUAUGCUACCGCUCUUUGGGACCAUGCCGAACGGCGUCAGUUUGCCAAAUCACCCGAAUUUCCUCAACCAACUGGCGGCUGCCAUCUCCACGGUGGCCACCACCACUGCGGGCGGUGGCGGCGGCGGCGUCGGAGGAGGUGCCGUCACCAUGGGAGCCACAUCGCCGCCCAAGCAAGCAUCCAACAAUAAGGCGAUAAAGCCUCAGCAACAGCCGCAGGGCAUUGCUCCCAUGGACCUGGAGAAUGAGAACGAACACACCGCGGACGUGACGUCCACCACGAGCCACAAGGACUCAAAGAUGCAGGCUACUGCUGCUGCGCUCUCUCUGCCGGAUUCGGCACAGCUCUACCUGAACGGACUGAUGCAAACGCCGCCCGGCUAUCUGUACUUUCCGGCCAUCCAGACUGGCAGCGGUCCCGCUGGCGGGAGCACGUCCGCUACAGGAGGCACGUCCGCUUCGUCUGUGGCAGCGGCAGUUGCUGCCUCGGGUGGGAGCAACACCAAUGCCCAGAUGCUUAUGGAUCCCACGGCCAUGAUGGCUGCGGCCAUGCAGCAGAUGCAACAGAUGCACUAUGCCGCGGCUGCGGCGGCGGGAAUGCCAUCGGAUGCCGGAGCAACCGUAGAAGCAGGCCUUGCAGCGGAUGGCACAGGAGCGGCUGGGCUCAAGGAGGUUAUAAAGACAAAGAAUUGUAUUUUGUUCCCGCCAAACCCCAAUGCUCCGCCACCCACCAUACGCGAUCGUCCGCCCGGCUGUCGGACUGUUUUUGUGGGCGGAUUGCCAGAGAACAUAACCGAUGAGGUCAUCCGUGAGAUAUUUGAGUCGUGUGGCGAGAUCACGACGCUGCGCAUGUCGAAGAAGAACUUCUGCCAUAUUCGUUAUCGCCAGGAGACAGCCAUAGAUCGUGCCAUUUACCUAUCCGGUUAUAGGUUGCGGAUUUCGGCGCUAAACGAACCGCCCAACUUUGGACGUCUGCAUGUGGACUAUGCCCAGGCUCGGGAUGAUCAGUACGAUUACGAGUGCCGCCAGAGACAACAGCAGCGGGAGCAGCGGCAUCGGGAGCGCAUGUCCCUGGACAGAAUGCGAUCGCAGUCGCCGCCACCAAUCCCCCACUAUACGGACCAUGAGGCAACGGCCGUGGCGGAGCAUCUGCGCACCAAUGAGACCUUCGUGAAGGCCAUUCAGACCAUUACCGCCUGGCUGGAGCGCGGUGACUGCACCAAGCGUAAUGCCAACAUCUUCUACUCGAUGAUCCAGAGCACCCACGCCCAUGUGCGGCGUCUCCACGCAGACAAGCUGCAGCUAGAGGAGGAUCUCAAGAAGGCCAGGGACAGCUACCGCAAACAGAUGGGCACCAUGUCAACGCAAUUCACUCAGAUUGAAAAAGUGUUCAAUGCCGCUAGUCACAAGAAGGUUUGGGACCAUUUCACCAAAGCCCAAAGAAAAAACAUCGAUCAAUGGAAGAAGUUAGCCACGGAACUGCGAACGGUCCAGAUCACCGACGAUGAUGAAAUGGAAAUCUCCGACGAUGAGCGGGAAUACGAAAGACGUGGACCGGGUGGCAAGAGGAUGCGGUAUGACAGCGAUAGUUUGAAGGACGAAAACGACUCUCUGCGCUGUCAGCUGGAGGCCAUUCGGCAUGAGAUGAAUCUGGAGCGCAGCGAUUACGUGCAGCGCGAGAAGCAGAUCAAGGUGCUCCAAGAAACCAUUCGCAACAUGCAGACACAGCUGCUGCAGACCAAGCUCCGCGAACAGAAGGACACCAAGACCAUAGAGCAUCUGGAGCGGAAUCUCAAGGAUGCUGGCGUAAAGCAACUACUGCUAAAGACCAAAAUCAAGGAGGUGGCCGACAAGUUAAAGAACAAGGAGGCUCAAAACAGCAACGGUGCCGCUUCGAACGCUUCCAACGCCUCAAAUCCCGACUAUGACCCUGACGAUUCGUGCAGUCAGGAGGCCAUAGGGGUUAGACGGCAGCGACCACAAACGGAACCGGAAAUAAUUGAUAUCGAUAAGGUGGACGAUGAUGUGAGGAUCAUAGAGCACCAGAGCGGUGUGGUGGAGAUCCAUGAAAUCGAAGAUGAUGAGAAAGAACCCGGCCCAAAGGCGGCCUCCGUGGAAACCAAAGAAAAAGAGUCAAUUACAGAGAAUAAUUCUAAGGUCAACAAUGUGGAGACCAUAAGUAAUGUCAUUGCAGAGGAGACUCCAAUAUCACCCAGGGAAAAGGAAACCUUCAAAUCCCUGGCCCUUUCCGAGGCUAAGAUAAUUGCUCUUGCCUCAGCCUACCUGGUGCUGCAUCCCCAUGGCGUUGACAUUGCCAACAUAGCGAGUUACUUAAGUGGAAUGCUCUGCCACAAUAACGCUGCCCCCAGUAACCUAGAUGAUCUUGCCAAUAUACUCAGAAAAUACACGAAUCUCUUCAAAGCCAAGGAUGAGGCCAAGUGGCGAUUCUGCGGCUUCAACGAGUCGCGGGAACCGUAGAAAGAAAGAUUUAAAGUGCGCGAAUUGUAGACUCCAACAAGAUGGACAAUUGAAUGCUUUAAUUAUGUUACAACUAUAUAUAUCAUAAUGCGUAUCGGGUAAGGAAGCAGAAGCAGAGUGACAAGUUAACCGAUGGAUGGACGCAAGUCUUUCAGUGCAAUCACAACUUAAUGAGACCAGUUCCAGUUUUUAAGGGCAAGUACUCGUAGUUAACUCUUAUCAGAAGAAAGACACCACAAACUAACUACCGUUUCAAUUAUUUAAACAACUCAACAACCUAAUGAAUAAUUAUACAUUUAAGCUAAAUGAAUUCAAUAUAUACACCAGAAUAUAUACAUCAAUAUUUUAAAUAUAAAGCUGAGAGGCCGCAAGACGCAAUUGUUGCUUAAUGUUGACACAAGAGUCGAAGGAAUGGAACCAAAUAAAUUUUAUGCUAAACUA